AUGACAUUCGAAUUCAUCGACAAUAGCGUCGCGAUCGACCGUGCAGCGAGGCGACGCAUUCGCACCCACGCAGCGACAGGCAAGAACGCCAACAAGACUCUAGCACGCUCAUCCAAGGCCGUUGCUCUUAAGAAAGACAAUUCUGCGACUCUGUUUCGCACACCUGCGAGAAUUAGAAACGCGCAUCGAUCGACAAGUGACGGGCCCGGUGAUGCUGAGGUGGUUGAAAUUGAGAGACCGGUUAGUGAUGGAGUAUUGUUUCCUAUACCGGUACCUGCGAGGUCAAAGGGUUUAGUCCGAGAGGCUCUGUUCUUCUUCAGCGGCGCUCGAUACAACCCUGAGCUUGAUGGCGCGUUAGAAAUGCCAGACCAUAUGGGGUCCGUUUGGGUGCGAAAUUUCUUUCUCGACGAGGCUUACUUCCACUCUUCCGUGGCUACAACUAUCCUCUGCUCCAAGAACCUCGCCAGUGAGACGACGCAAGGAAUGUAUCAUAUUGCGUGCACCUACCGGAUUAUCCAGGAGCGGUUGAUGAGCGCCACAGAUGCGACGUCUGAUAUGACCAUUGCGAUACUCGUGGUUAUGUCGCAGUACGAACGGUUGCAAGGCCAGUAUGAGAGAGGCUAUGUUCAUAUUCAGGGCUUGCGCCGGAUGAUUGAAUUGCGCGGCGGUGUUAAGCGGUUUGGUAGUGAGUGCUGUGGUGUUAUCCUAAAGGUUUUGAGGGCUGAUUUGGAGUACGCUUUACAACUUGGCUCAAGGACGUUAUUUGGUCUUCACGGCAUUGAGUAUCUUCGUACUCUAAGAUCCAGCCAUUCUGAUGAGACGAGGCCAAAUGGUCAAUUCAACAAUUUGGAGACUGAUAGAUUCCUACAAAAUCUCCUGCGAGAAGAUCUGUGGACAACGUAUGAGCGCAUGCGAAGUGUCGCCGUAAUGCUCAACGAAGCUGGUGCUGGACAAAGACAAAAGCUAGGUGCCGAUGAGUUUCAUCACACUAUUCUGCUCCUCGGAUAUUCACUUCUGCACAUAAGCCCGCUACGCAGCAGUUCUGAAUCUGAUUCGGAUCCCGCGCCGAAUAUGAGUAUUCUUGAACAAGCCAUCCAUCUUGGGCUUAUUGCGUUCUUGGUCUCGUUUCUAAGGGGGUUGGAUCAGCGUAUAUCAGAUAAACCUCUGUUGUCUCAUCGGCUUCGGCUCGCCAUCAAGGAUCUAUCGUUACGUGGCGAAAAGGGCCAGGGAAGCAAUGCUGUGAAAUGCGUGCUUCUCUGGACGCUCUUCAUCGGGUCGGUUGCUGUAUUCAAACCUUCAGAUGAUGAGUGGCUCAUACCUACAACCCGCACUGCAAUGCAGGCACUCGACCUUUCCACCUGGGAAGAUGUGAGGCAGGUAGUAGCUGCAUUCCCAUGGGUGAAUGCACUGCAUGACCGAACAGGCAUAGUGCUGUGUUCUGCACAAAAGUUUCUCGAAAUCCCGUAUCAAUCAAAUUGA